UAAAAGUUUACAUAUGUCUUCAACCACCGAUAAACAUCACUUGAAACAAUUUAUUAAGCUUGGACUCCUCUUUCGAAGUUCAGGGUCACUCUGUUUAGCUUUCUUAGUUGGACCCACCAAAAGUUUCAGAGAUGAAGGUAUUUGUUCGGGAAUGCAGAACCGAUAAGCUUAUUUUGACAUGGGAAAAUGUCUCUAAUGACGCUACUAUUCUGGAUUUAAAAAGACGAAUUUGUCAUGAGAAGGAAAAGCCUAAAGUGAACCGACAAUCUAUUCGUCUUGAGCCACGAGGGAAAUCAAUAAAUGAUAGUAAACGAAUAUGUGAUUUAGAGGCUACAAAUUCAUCGGAAUGUGUGAAUUUAUAUUUGAAAGACUUAGGACCUCAGAUUGGAUGGCGUACAGUAUUUUUAGCCGAGUAUACAGGACCAUUAGUUAUUUAUACAGUUAUUUGGCUUAUUCGACAACCAUUUUUUAAGAGCAAUGUAAUUUCUCCGAUGUCAUCUGAUUUAUAUCUGCGAAAAGUUGCUCUAGCUUGUUGGUGUGGACAUUAUAUUAAACGUUUAUUGGAAAGUGUAUUCAUUCAUCGAUUCUCUCAUGCUACAAUGCCAUUGCGUAAUCUAUUCAUCAAUUGCUCAUAUUAUUAUGGAUUUGGUUUGUUUGUUGCUUAUUUCACAAAUCACUAUUUGUAUACACCACCCACCUUUGGUCAUACACAGAUUGUGAUUGGCUUCUUGCUGUUUAUAAUCGGUGAAUGGGGAAAUUUCUGUUGUCACUUGACGUUAAAACGUCUUCGACCAGCUGGUUCGAUGAUUCGACAAAUACCUUAUCCAAUGCCAGGUUGGUUCUUCACUCGUAUGUUCAACUUAGUGGCAUGUCCAAACUACACCUAUGAGGUUAUAGCAUGGAUUGGUUUCACGAUUAUGACUCAGACUUUACCGGCUCUGUUAUUCACAAUUUUUGGAUUUCGUCAAAUGGCUACUUGGGCUAUCGGUAAACUGAAAGCAUAUCGACGUGAAUUUCCUAAUUUUCCAAAAUAUCGUAAAGCAAUUGUUCCAUAUAUCCUUUAAGGAUUGUUUCUAAUUUCAGUUUUAUCUUAACAGAUAAAAAACAAUGGGUCCAUAGUUUGCCAAUAUCUUGUGCUUAUUAUUUUGCCCCGGUUUAUGUUGUACAAUCAAAGAAGUGUGACCGUUUCUUUGUGUGUGUGUGUGUGUGUGUGUGUGUGUGUGUGUGUGUGUGUGUGUAUCUGUGUUUUUACCAUUCCACUAUGUAUCUGUUUUCUUCUCAUCCACUUUUCUUUUCAAUACCAUUGCCUAUCAAACAAGUUUUC